AUGAUGUCUCCGGAGGACCGGGUCCUGGAGGAGCUGCUGUACAGCCGGCCGCUGGGGGAGGAGCCGCUGGGGGAGGAGCCGCUGGGGGAGGAGCCGCUGGGGGAGGAGCCGCAGGAGGCACGGGAGGCGUGGGAGGAGGCGCCGCUGGAGGAGGCGGCGCUGCAGCAGCAGGUGAGCUGGACGGCCGUCCAGCAGCCGAUGGCGUGCGCCGGCUGUGGCGAGCACGUGCGCGACCGCGUCCUCCUGGUGGUGGCGGGCAGCGCCUGGCACGGCGCCUGUCUGCGCUGCAGCCGCUGCCGCUGCGAGCUGCAGGACCAGGCCACGCUGUUCUGGAGGGACGGACAGGUGUUCUGCCAGCAGGACCACUGCAGGACGCAGGGCGGCGGCCAGUGUGCUCGCUGCUUCCAGCCAAUCCCCGCCUCCGAUCUGGUCAUGAGGUCCGGCGAGCUGACGUUCCACCCGCAGUGCUUCUCCUGCCAGGAGUGUGACGUCGCGCUGCUGCCGGGGAGCCUGUACUGCAUGCAGGGUCCAAACCUGUACUGUCAGUCCCACUACCAGGCGGAGCUGAGCGUCCCACUGAUCCACGACCUCCAGCCCCCAGCAGAACCCGGAGAGGGUCAGAACCAGGCCCCAGGGGACGGGGACGAGUCCGUCAGCAGCCCGGAGCCCCGAUUGGAUGACAGGCCGGCAGGGGGGCGGAGCCGCCGCCACACCAAGAGAAUCCGGACGUGUUUCCGCAGCGAGCAGCUGAGAGCGCUCGAGUCCUACUUCGCCCAGAAACACAACCCGGACGGCAAAGACUGGACCUGCCUGGCCCACAAGACCGGCCUCCCCAAGAGAGUCCUGCAGGUGUGGUUCCAGAACGCCCGGGCGAAGCUGCGACGCUCCCUGACCUCGGACGACUCCCAAGUCAACUCGCCCUCCGCUCCCCGAGUCGUUACCACGGCGACCGGCACCCCACCCCCCCCGGCUCUGCCUCCCCCUGACCAGUCGCACGCCUUCCCCACCAGCACCAUCGACCAGCUGCAGCUGUCCCUCCUCACGGCACCGCUCCCGCAGAGCCCCGCCUACUUCCUGGACUGCCACUCCCAGGAUGCACCAGGGUGGAGGGGGGAGGGGCGGCAGACCCUCUGA